GUCAACAAGAUAAUCAAAACAAAAAUACAAAUUUUAAGUUUUUUUUAUCUUCAACCAACCCCAGAUGAGUUUGUGUGUGAUAAUUUGAUAAAUUCUAUUUGUAAGAAAAAACCUACGUAAUUGCCAAGACUACAAUAAUAAAUAAAUUAUUGCAAAAUUUUUUAGAUCUUCUUUUAGCAAUACAACAACGAAUAGAGAUGCCAAAUAAUUAAAUUUACUAAGCAAUGAAAAGAUUUAUGCUUCCAAAAUUUGGCUAAAGAAAGUCUUUUUUUUGUUUGGAAGAGUAUUUUAAAUUUCUUUUGAGUUUACAGAUUUUUGUAUAAAACGACUUGAAAAGAUGAUGUCCAGCUCAGGCCACGUCAUGACCCUGGCCAACAGUAUUAUCGGCGUUGGAAUACUUGCUAUGCCCUUCUGCUUCCAAAAGUGCGGAAUAAUCCUUUCCAUAGUUUUAAUCAUUUUAAAUAAUCUCAUCACGAGGAUCUCUUGCCACUACCUUAUCAAAUCUUCGCUCUUAACUCGACGAAAAAGCUUUGAAUUCUUAGGUUUCCAUGCCUUUGGCUCAUCGGGAAAACUUCUAGUUGAGCUCUGUAUUAUUGGCUAUUUAAUUGGGUCAUGUAUAACAUACUUUGUGGUUGUUGGCGAUGUUGGGCCACAAAUCGUGUCCAAAAUAUUCACACUGAAUGGAAGCGAUGGCCUAAGGACGUGGGUUAUGGUUUUAGUGACUCUCUUUUGCAUUCUCCCACUGGGAAUGCUCAAGAACAUCGAUAGUCUAUCAGCUGUUUGUACAGCUUCGAUUGGAUUCUAUUUUUGUUUGAUGGUAAAGAUUAUCCUAGAGUCAGAGAGACAUAUUCUGGCGAAUGAUUGGCAGAACAAAAUCGUCUACUGGGAGCCGUCUGGAAUUCUACAGUGCCUCCCGAUCUUUAGCAUGGCUUUGUCCUGUCAAAUGCAAUUAUUUGAAGUUCUUGAGAGUGUCAAUAACCAAAGCUUAGAGAAACUUAAUGGGAUAAUAAAGGAGGCUACUUGGAUGUGUACUUUGGUCUACAUUGCUGUUGGAUUCUUUGGCUAUGUCGCAUUUUGUACUCAAACAUUUUCAGGCAACAUUCUCAUAAACUUCACUCCAUCCUUUGGUAGUGAUGUAAUAAAAAUAGGCUUUGUCUUAUCGGUGGCCUUUAGCUUCCCUCUGGUGAUAUUUCCCUGUCGAGCAAGUAUAUAUUCGCUCCUAUACAGAAGAGGUCAUGCCGAUACAACGGGUUAUAUUCCUGAAGUUCGUUUCAAAACAAUAACGGCAUUUAUAGUUAUUGGCUCGCUUUGUAUUGCAUUGUUAAUUCCAUCAAUAGAACUGGUAAUAGGACUCGUGGGAUCCACAAUAGGCAUAGCCAUUUGUAUUAUAUUCCCAGCGGCAUGUUUUCGAAAGAUCUCCAAAAAAGAUUCCACUGAAAGAACUCUCGCCCAUGCGAUUAUAGUUGGAGGUUGUUGUUUGAUGAUUCUGGGCACUUAUGCUAAUUUAAGUGCCAUCGAUGAGCAGCGUUCUGGAGCGGUGCAUAAUGUUAUUAGUGAAAGUGUCCCUAAAACUGUGACACCUCUGACGAUGUUUGAAAAUAAAUUUGAAAAGCCCGCCAAAGAAUCACUCAAAGAAAAUCUCUACCAGAAUGUAUCUUUGGAUAUAAUUCCACUUCCAAAUGAUUCGAAGUCACAGGAAGAGAAGCCUAAACCUGUUGUUGAGCCAAAGGCAAAAAUAAGCCCACCACUGCCGGUGGAUGAAGUCGAGCCGAUAGCCAUCAAACCAACCGAAAAGGUUCAAACCGAGAAGAAAAAGAUUUUGGUUGAACCAACUCCAUUGCUUGCUAAACCUCAAGCUGCAGCUGUAAUUACUGAAGCUCCACAAAAUUCCAAUGGAAUUGCCAAGGAAGCAAUUAAAAACGAAGAAAAAAUAGCUGCCGAAGAACAACAGCAACAAAAAGAAGGCGAAAAUAAAGAACAGCUCGUGAAGGCUCAAAAUGAAUUGAUAAAAACAAAAGAACUCCUUGAACGCAAAGUCGAUGAACUCAAAGAGGAACUGGCCAAACAAAAUAAAUUAACUCAAGAUUUGGUUGUGGAAAAAUUGGGUGAAGUUGUUGAGAAAGUGGAAGAAAUCGAAAGACAAGUGCACGAAGAGAGUAAAAAAGAAGAAGAUCAAAAGCUGAAGGAAACUCCACAAAAUUCGCUGCCUAAAGCUUCAGUCUUGGGAAUACUUACAGAGAAUAAUUAUUACAAAGGAAAUUCGACCAAAGUGGCUGAAAAGAAUCUUGUAGUGGUAGAACCUGUGCCUGAAGUUUUAAAUGAAGUUGUGAAGAAGAAGUCUCCUGACGUUAUUGUGGCGCAGGAUGCACGAGCCCCAUUACCUUUACCAUUGCUGAUUAAUGCAUCACAAAGCGAUGUAAAGAAUUCCGUUGCAAUGAAUAAUAAGCAACCACAAGCUGUUGAUACAAUUAUUGAGACCGCGAAACAAGCGGCGGAUAUUCCUAAGACCCCAGAUUCUGAUAAAAAGACCUUGGAAAAUAACAUCGCAAAUGUGCUUAAAAGUAAACUCCCUGUAGAUGAAGUCGAAUCGGCUGUGAAAGCUGCAAACAACUCGGCAUCUCUUAAGCUUCCAUCCCCACCGAAAGAGGAAGCCAACGAGAAGGAAAACAUAGAAGCUAUACGUCGUGACAUUCUCGAAGUCAACAAAGACCAUUCUGACUCAAUUACAACGAUAAAGCCGCUCCGAGAAAAGAGAAGUGCCUCGAAUGUUGAUCUUUCUAACAUUGAAACUAAAUUGCAACAAGAGAAUUGUCUCAGUGAAGUCAAAGAGGAAAGUCUUCUAGCUCAUAGUGGAUUGGAUAUUAAAAUUCAAGGAUUAGGACGUGAUCUUAAGUCAGCCAAAGAUGAUGACGAUGAUUAAUGUUGUAAAAAUGAACAACAAAGAAUCGUGAAUCAUGUUUUCUUUCUCAUCUGGUCAUUUUUUUAGUUCAUUUUUCAUUUUUAUUUUAUUUGUUCCUUUUUUUUUUUUUUUUAUUUUCAUCACAUUAACCCUAGAGACUGACUAAGAUUAUUUUUAAGCACUUUAAUUAAUACACGAGUUUUCCUAGUUUCGCUUUGAGUAUUUAUAAAAUACAAACAUUAAUUGGCGAGUAUGUUUCAAUGGAAUGUAUAUGCAUAAUAUAUCUGCUCAAUUAUUUGUUAUGAUAAAAUUGAAAUACAGCAAAAGAUAUUUUCGAAA